CUCAACUUCAUUUCAUGGAUGAGAUGGUCUAUUGCCUUUAAUAACAUUUAAUAUAGUGAUGUUUACGUAAUUCAGCCGUCGGACAUCCGGCUCGACAAGUGGGUUGGUCAGUCAAGCUGGGGUGCUAAAAGAGUUGAUCUGUGUCACGAAGACAAGCAGCGCUUCCAUUGGCCUGGAAUUUCAACGCAACUUCUCUCGCCCUCUCUUGUUAUUAUUUUUACUGCAAAAGGACCCUUCUUCUCUCUCUUCUGGUUGAAAUCAACUUUCUCAAUUCCCUAUUUAUGAGCAGUGACCAUCGAAAUAAGACUUUAUCGCCUCGGUCACAUAAAGCACUCCCUCCGGCGAUAAAAACUCCUAAACAAAGUCAAUUCACAUUGGGCAUUCACACUAGCUCUUCUGACAAAAGCAAUGGUGGUCAAUCUUCGUCUACGCAAUUCCAUUCCAUCACACCACAAUCGUUCCAACAAGCUUUGGGAGUAGGAGAUCCCUCAAAUCCAGCAUUUCAUUCACGACCAAGGCAGCGACGUCCAGGCUUCUCAUGCAACACAUGCCGAAAGCGUAGAGUACGUUGCGACAGGUCUCACCCUGUCUGUAAUCGGUGCCGUGGUAAACGAACCUGUACCUAUCCUGACACAAAUCGGGCGAGGAAAAAAUCUUCUCAACCUUCCAGCUCUGAAGAUAGCCCAACGCAUGAAAAUCGAAUAGUAUACACCAUUCCAUCUCGGCGGCCUGUAACACCAUCAACUCGUGCAGUUUAUCGAAGUUCUGCCUCUCCAUCGCCUCUUUCGCCGAGCCUGUUGGCAUACCCUAGUCCAAAUACACCUGAGAGUACCACAUCAACACCUAAAAGCUCUAUGUCACCCAUUGUCCCCAAUGCUCUCUUCAAACGACAACGACGACUAAGCUUCUCGUCGGAAGAAGAUAUAAAAACCCUUAUUACGAACAAAGAAACCCAAAUACAAUUGCAUCAAGAUUCUCAUGAAGACUUGUUAGUUCAACUCCUGGAAGCUACUGGAUGGGAGAUCUAUCCAAUUGGCAAUGGUGUCGUUCGUUUCGAGACCAACAUCGGUAAUACCGAACAAUUGCGAACACUCAUAACCAGGACCCUGGAUAUACUACAUGACAAAGGAAAUGCCAUGACCAUGCCGGUUCCAGAUCCCUUCGGAUUACAAAGUUCGGCCGAUCGCCGCACGCAGCUUCAACGUCGUUUGCCACAGGGCAUAUACCAUUUAUCGCUGUUCGAAAGACUUUCUAUGAUCACGAGGCCUGGAGCUUGGCAUCCGGAUAUGAGCAGUACCCCUCCAUUUCAGCAACUCUCGACAGACAAACAUAUCAUGGUCAUCACUCCCAAGCAUAUUCCGCAUUAUAUUGGGCAUUGGUGUGGUUGUGGCUUACCAUUUCCCAUUAUUCUUUCCCCCAUAAAGGAAAUGAAAAAUGCUCCACAUAGUCGCAUCAAGAGGGACAGGCUGAUAUCCAUAUUGAGCUACAUGAUACCCCAUUAUUGUUUCUGGCACUCAUGGUCACCACUUGGCCAUAGCGUCCACUAUCAUCGAGAGUGCGGCAAAGAAUACCACAAGAAUGCACAAAUAUCAUGUGAUGAUCCCUGCGACUUGAAUCAGCUAUUCCACCUUUUGAUGAGCGUGGCCAGAGACUAUGAUCGAGGCAAUAUGCAGUCAGCUUAUCUCACCAUGGGCAUUACCAUUAGCCUAUGCUUCAAUCUUGAUUUACAUAAACGCCAUGGCUACGACCGCUACACGGAUCCUCACGAAAAAGAGUUUGCUAAAAGGAUGUUUUGGUCAUUAUGGUGGUUUGACACUACCGUUCCUCAACUAUACAGCUCGCCUGCUGUCAUUGACCCAGAAGAUGUCACCGCCGAGUAUCCAGACAUUCUCACCGACUACGACCAUGAGGAGCGGUUGCAAAUUAAGUACAUGCAACUGGUUCUUCAAUCUAGACGGCUCAAUCGAAUUCUAGCCAAACGUAUGAAAGACAGAUCCGCGGAUUUCGAUGAAGAAGAUGAACUCGACUUUUUAUUUGAACAGGAUCAAGAACUUCGGUCAUACUAUCAUACGCAUCACUCGACCCUUGCUAUUCAACAAUUGCAAAAUAUUGCCAUCAUGCAAGAUAUGUGGCGAAGGCGAACUCUCUGUUUAUCCAUGGCCGACUACUGUAUGAAUUGGCUAUCGUUGUAUCAACGGCAUCUGCCUUCUGCAGCUCGCACAGAGCCGCUGUCAGAACUUCAUAAUUUAGCGUUGCGUAUAUGCUCUGAAGCGGCUGACAUCUUGACCGCCCUGUUUGAUGCCUGGUUCAGCGCCUGCGGCCUGAAUUUUGACUGUGUUUUCCGCCCUUGUCUUUUCCAUUUCUUGGGUUCUAUAACUAUACAUAAGUAUUUAAUUGUUUGCCCUUGGGUUUCCCGUGAUCGAGCUUCGAAAUCAAUUCAGUCCGUCAAGCUCAUGCUCAGACAUUACGUGAAAACCCCUAUGCAAAACUUAUUCCCAAAGUCUCAUAUUUAUAUCGACAUCAAAGACUUCUUCAAAAAAUUCAAUAUUGAAGAUGACGACGAUGAUCAAAUUUACUGGAUACCUAUAUAUGACAGCCUGUGGAAUAAUGCCGAUAUCGACUUCCACAUCUUGAACAAACCCUAUGGAACUGAUUCUUGAAGCCCUGUGCGCCUACUUUCCAUUGCUGGCCAAUGUCCCAGUUUACAAUUAUCCCACCCCCUUCGUUAUAACAUAACAUCAUAGAUGAGCCACUAUUGCAGUAGUGUAGUAGCUUUUACCACGUGUACCUUUCUUUCUCCUUUCUUUUCUUUUUUCAAAAACCUGCCUGCCAUUUAGUUUCGUUGCUUGGUCAACCUUGUGUUUGUACUUGCCAAUGUACAAUAUUCUUCUAUUCAGUAUACUCCUUUUUCGACAUGUUCAUUGU